AUGGCAGGAGAGGUCCCGUUGCAGCUACUUCAGGAGAUGCAGAGGCAGAUGCAGGAGAUGCGGGCAGAGAUGGCAGCGAUGAGGGCAGAGCGGGGUGAGGGAAGAGGUGGACCUUCGGUACAGUCUGUGAACGUAGAGACUGUCAAUUCUAGGAGUGAUGACAACCAACCUACGGUCCAAGGGAAUGCUGAGAAUAAUGCUGGGUCAGGGAGAGGGGUUGGAAGAGGAAACAGCAGGGGUGGAGGAAGAAACGGGGGAGGCAGAGGUGAUGGGAGAGGAAGGGGACGGGGUGAGGGAAGAGGCGUGGGACUAAAUGAGAACGAAAAUGAGGGAGAGCAUGAGGUGAGAAAUCAUGGAGGAAGUGAUGGGAACGGGCGGGGAAACAGGUCGGAGGAGCAGAAUGGUCAGCUUGUGGGGGAAAUACUCGAUCAGGCCCAAGGACUGCACCCCUUCACUGGUGAGGGCAAUCAUACCGGAGAGUAA